UGGAACAAGUCCACAGUCAGCCGUCCCAUUCGUGUGUCCCCGCCUUGCCUGUUUUGCUCCUCGGCUCGUGACCCAAGGAACGUCCACAAGAAAACAGCCGGAUGCUUGUUCUCGCCGUCGUACUAUCGUUGGGCCGCCUCGUGUGCGCCAACACGGAGGCCUAUGGGUUCCAGAUCCCGAACUACUACGACGUUCCCGGCCACGCCCCUGGCGGGCCCGCCAGCACCGCAAUCGUGCCCCUCAAUCACACUGCGCGGCUUCUCACAGACCACCCCAUUCUUUCCGUCAGCAACUAUUCCACCGCCGAGCUGGUGCUCACGGUGCCCUACGACUUCUCCGGCCUGCCGAAACAAACAUUGUUUGUCCGGUUGAACAACUACCACAACUGCUCGUUCGAGCCAAACGACUUGAUCCACGUCAAGUUGUGCUGGCCGGCAACCACACCCGUCAACUUCAACCUCAGCCACCGCUUCAUCCAGGAGAGGGAGUUUGGCGCCGAGGCCUCGCCGCGCGACACGUUGCACAUCUACCUUGUCAUUGACUACCAGGCCGAUUUCUACCCUGUCGAGCCCAUGCACCACACGAGCUUCGACAUGCUUCUAGCCGUGAGCAAGCUUCCGAACACCGUGCCAAUCCCCAUCGAGCUCUAUGGCGUCAUUGUGUAUGUGGUGGACCUCAUGAUCUUGACUGCAACUGCGCUUCCAUGGAUCCUCCAGCAAUUCAGCAGUUAUAUCGAACUGAUGCAGUGUUAGCGUCGAGCAUUUCGUGUCUCGCAGGAAAAAUAAAAGAGAACGGAGAGAAAAGGGCAACUUUAUCUCGUGGAAUACCGUUUUUUUUUUCUUUUGUCAUGGAAUGUUUCUUCGAAAGGAAAAAGUUGGGUCGGCACGGCCAACACCCACAGGUGCCGCGUGCAUCGGGCAACAAGCGACUGCGAAGCCCGAAAAUGACUCACCCAGCUGCCAAAGCUGCCCGGCCCCUUGCAAAAGAAAAAAAAAAGAAAGA